AUGUCGCACGCACUCAAUCAGGUCAAUACAGCUGACACUAUCAGUCCCUCCUCGCCCGCUGCCCAGCCAGAAGCCGAGUUCCAGUCAACCGGCGACAUCUCAGGCCCCGAGCCCGAAGCCAUCACCCUCGCGCGCCGCAAGAUCCGCUCGGAGAGCAUGAGUGAGCAGCUUUCGGAGCGGCUGGCGCACAUGAAGCUUCCGCAGCCCGAGCGGCUGUUUGGGCCGGACGAGGGCGAGAUUAUCGAUCUGGACGACUUGGACGGGGACGACGGGGAUGCCGGCGUGGCGCCGGAUGCGUGGGAUAAGAUCAAGCUGGACGACGAGGUGCCGGAGAGUGUGAGGACGGGGAGGAUGACCCAUUCGAGGAAUGCGAGCAGGGUGGACUCUGCUAGCAUUUCUCGCCCGCCACCUAUCCUAGAAGCGUCCGAGCAGCCAGAAAAGGCCAAGCCGGUCGAAGCUGCUCGAGAACAGAAGAUCACGCCGUUUGACGUUGCUGGCGAAGUAGACGCUGCAGGCAAGGAUCUUGGCAUCAACUACGACAAAAUCACGGCGCAAUUCGGGGCUAGCAAGAUCUCUUCCGAGCUGCUGGAGCGGUUCGAGAAGGUUACUGGGCAACGACCACAUCCUCUUCUCCGCCGUGGCACCUUCUUCUCGCACCGAGAUCUGAAUACCAUUCUUGACCGGUACGAGCAGGGCAAGCCAUUCUACCUCUACACCGGCAGAGGGCCCUCUUCCGACUCGAUGCACUUGGGCCACUUGAUCCCGUUCAUGUUCACCGCGUGGUUGCAACGCGUGUUCAAUGUCCCACUUGUCAUCCAAAUCACAGAUGACGAAAAGUACCUGCUCGAGCGUGACAUCAAGAAGCAGGCGGAAACAAUGAAGAAGAUCAAGGGAAAGAAGCCCAUCGACCUGUUGAGGCACUAUCAGCGGAUGGCGACCGAUAAUAUCAAGGAUAUUAUCGCGUGCGGGUUCCUCCUUGAGAAGACGUAUAUCUUCCAGGAUACACAAGCUAUGGGCGGGACGUUCUACCAGAACGUAGUCCUCUUCGCCAAGACUGUUACGCUCAACCAGAGCAAGAACGUCUUUGGGUUCGGAGACUCUGACAACAUUGGGAUGUACCACUUUGCGGCCAUCCAGGCCUGCCCAUCAUUCUCCAACUCCUUCCCCCAGAUCUUUGGCGAUCGCACCGAUAUUCCAUGUCUGAUCCCCUGCGCGAUCGACCAGGACCCAUACUUCCUCCUCACCCGCGAUGCCGCCGACAAGCUAGGCUAUCAAAAGCCCUGCCUCGUCCACUCCAAGUUCCUCCCUGCCCUCCAAGGCGCCGGAACGAAAAUGUCUGCCUCGAACGAAAACACCGCCAUCUUCAUGACGGAUGACGCCAAGAAGAUCCACAAAAAGAUCCGGUCACAUGCGUUCUCUGGCGGUCGGGCGACGCAGGAGGAGCACAAGCGGCUCGGCGGAGAUCCGGAUGUGGACAUUGCGUAUCAGUACUUGAGCUUCUUUGAGGAUAGCGAUGAGGUCAUGGAGGGUCUUGCGAGGGAUUACCGGGCGGGAACGCUUAGUACGGUCGAGAUGAAGGAUACGUGUAUCAAGAAGCUGCAGGAGGUUGUGGCUGAGUUCCAAAAGAACCGAGCCGAGGUUACCGACGAGACGGUCAAGCAGUUCCAAGAUGCUACUCGGACCAUCGACCCAAGUCCUCGGAAAACUGCAUGA